CUCAUAUAAAUACGUGAACUUGAUAUUUGCUUACACUUUUCCGAGCGCCACUGAAUAGGGCACUUUCCUUUAAGCGUUUUCCAAGCUAUGUGAUUGCAUUACGUCUACAACAAGCACAUAUCAUGGCUAAAAAGGAAAUUUAUAUUUUCAUCGCUUUCGCUGCUUUGGCAUUUGCUACUGAGGCGGAGGAUGCCGAGCAGAAGAAACGUGGUGCCGGUAAAGCUAACGCUUUAAACGCAAUACCAACAGGAGCUCAGAAGCCAGAAUAUACGUACAGCAUAUAUUCCCAAAACGCUGGCGUACAAAGUAAUCCUAGUCAGGCGUAUCAGAGUCAAGCACCGAAUUCCUUCUAUCCGAAUCAAGCCCCUAGUCAAUAUUAUUCUUCAGGAAACUCAGCCGAAUCCACUUCUGUAAAUGUACCAGCACAAACUAAUAAUGUACCUCAGCAAACUCUGCAUUACUCGCAACUUAAUUAUGUACCGAACUCAGGGUACCAGCAGAAAUAUCAAAUCGUACCAUCAAAGCCCAGUAACAAUGUUCAUUUAGCCGUUUUACAACAGCCAACGCCUUAUCCAACAUCAUCUUUAUUACACUAUCCUCAAAUGGUUCUUGCACCAAAUCCCACUUCUCAUAUAAGUCCCCAUAGUUCUAUUUUUGGUGGGAUAACACCGCACAGUCACUUCAAUUUUCCACACUAUCAGUUACCGUCCUUUGCAAAUCCCUUCCUAACCCAUCCUUCUACAAUGGUGUUUGUUCCUCAAAUUAAUCCCAAUCUAUAUAGUAACCUGGCUUAUACAAGUCCAUCACAGGGUGCUGUUAACUUUUAUUCGGGGUCCACGCAAUCAAAGCAGAGUUUUCCAUCUAGUGUGUCAAUUUCACCUUCGAAUGAAUAUGAAAAGCAACACGGUGCAUUGCCUCAAUCAAGUGUGUCGAAAGAAGAUAAUGAUUUAAGUGUUCAAAGUGAUUACAUUACUUCAGAUGCUAAUAAUGCAUACAAAAAUACUUACAGUACUGGUCGCAACUCAUAUACGAAGAUAUAGAUUUAUAUUCCAGCGAAAACAAUUUAAUGGCC